GCUAAAUCAACUGUUUGCGUUGUAACAUUUUGUCGAUCAUUUUGUUCAUUGUGUACAAAUUUCGUUUGUGGGGCCUGCUCUGUUUGGAUAAUGUACAAGAACGACAGACUCAGCUAAACAAGUGAUGAGUUCGCUUCAACCGGAGGGGACUUUAGGAAAUACCGGGGAUAUUCAUCUAGAUGACGACUUUUAUUCGACAAGCGGAAUAGACAAUAUGGAUACCAUCCAAGUCGAGAAAAUUGAUGUCGACUUUCCCCAAGGGAACGCGGAAACUGCCACCAAGAGUUCCCGCAAAAGCGCGCGCAGCAACGUGUCAUCUAGUGAUGCUUUCGGUUUCAAGCGUUCUGCAACCCCUAGAAGACCUUUGUCCGGUAGAAAAGACCUUUCUCAGACGAAAUCACCGAUCUAUAGACCGACACUAUGGUCCAGUAUCCCGUUGCCAGUUAAAUCCUCAGGACCGAUUAACGUUGCCUCGCAGCUGAAAAACGUGAAGUCCAAUAGUUCACGAACGGCAUCCGUGUCGGCCAGUCGAAUUAGCACGGUAGCAAACAAACACACCCUCGAGAUACAAUUUAUCAAUAAGAACAAAAGGUACGUCCAAAUGAAAAAGGAACUUUUGGAGAAACAAAAGCCGGUGCUGGACUUGUACCAAAGCCUGGCUAAGAUCAAGAAGCGGUUGGAAGAGCUCGGCAAACAAGUGGUUCUGGAAGAGUUUAAGCUGGUUCCAACUGAAGACCACGGCAAAGCCCAAGGACACGGAGCGGGAGAAGAGGUGUCAGUCGAAAUGGUGACCACCAUGAAGAAUUCCAUAGAAGAAAUCCCGAUUACCUUGAUGGAAAUCUGUAGAAAUCUGUUGAGUCGGCGGGCUUUAAUUGUCGAGCUAUUGGAAAGCGUGACCAAGUCUGAAGUAGACGUUGCGGAUGUGUCGGACAAAAUCGAAUCGCUAAAAAGCGAAGGUCACCAACUGCAGCAGUCUUUAGACGCCGUCAUAACGGAACAUCAGGCCAAAAUAACAGACUUGGUGGGAAACUGGCAAAAGUUACUAAGCGAGAAACAAUCUCCAGAUACCGGCACAAAGAUCGUCGAGCUAGAAGCCAAGCUCAAAGAACAAGAACGCCUCGUACAGGAAUCGAACUACAUCAUCCAGGAUCUACAGAAAAAGAUGGACGAAAAAAAAUCGUCUUACGACAAGUCAUUGGCGGAGCUGAAUGGCAUUACGCAAACCCUCAAAGAACAAAUUAAAAAAAUGGAGGCGGAUUUGGAAAGCGAGAGAAAAGCCAGCAUGGAUUUCAAGACCAGAAGUAAUGCGCACUCGCAAAAUUUGAAAAACAUGCGGGCCAAAAUCGCCGAACUUGAGGGGGAGAAGAAAAAUGUAGAUAACUCGAAUGCCGAGCUACAAAAAAAAAUUCGAUUGCUUCAAGAACAAUUCAAAAACAAAGAAUCUCAAUGGACCAAGGAUAAGGAAGAAAUGAGCAAAAGCUUGAAACACCAAGAGAAUCUGUUGCAAAAAUUGACGGCGGAAAAGACUCAAUUCGAGACAAGGCUGGAGAGUAUCACCGACCACACUUCUACCGUCGAGGACGAGCUGCGCAAAACGAUCGAAUCGCUGACCGACGAACUCAAAGAGACUAAGGAAAGCUUAACGACGGUGACGAUGGAACGAGACGAAGCGCUAGAAAAAUGUGCCGAUUUUGAGAGCUACGUCAGCCGGAUGGGCUUAGAGUUUAAAGAAAACAUGGACAAGGUCAGCUACAGUAUCGAGUGGGGUAAAAACCUCGCGGAAGCAAAAUCGGCGGAAGCGGAAAAUUACAUACACGAUAUCGCGAAAGACCUUCGGAUAAGAGAACUGGAGGAUAAAGUGCGGCAUCUCGAGAAGGAAAGAGCUAUCAGUUUCGAGGAGAAGAAGCAGUUACAACACCGGAGUCACGAGCCUUCGGAAACGGAAAAGGAACUAUAUAAACAGCAGGAAUGUAUCGGCAAAUAUCAGAUGCUUCUGGAAGAGAGCGAAAACAAACUGAAAGAAAAACUUAACAAUUUAAGGUCGAUGGAGGUGGCAAACUUGAGGUCCGAGAUUAGGCAAUUAAAAGUGAGACAGGAGGCCCUCGAAGAGCAGAACUACAAUUGCCCGACCGAAGAAUUACAGCGGAUGGUGGAGGAAGGGCGGCACAAAUUGAACGAGCUGAUGAAAAAAUCGAUGGAAAGCGAGCAAAAGUUGGAAGAUUACGCGAGCGUUAUCGAAAAGCAGAGUCAGCAAAUGAGCGACAUGGAAAACUUGCUGAGGUUUCGCGAAAACAUGACCGUGGUGCUCAAGGCUACCAGGGACGAAUUGCUGAUGGAGAGGCAGAGUCUGACGAAGUACUCGGAGGAAAUACGUACCGUUUUAAUAGAGGUGACAAAAGAAGGCAAAUUUAAAGACCGCCUGAUCAAGGAACUGCAGGAGAAGAUAAGUUUGCGCGAGCAACAAAUUGGCAAGCUGGAAACCGAAGUGCAAAGCCUCGAGGAAAAUCUGAUGCUGACCAACGAGAAGCGGUUCAAACUGCAAGAGACGAUCGGAACUAUGGAAAAAGAACUGCAAAGUACGAAAGCCCACGUUAAUCAGUUGGCCGACAUUAAUACACGAGGAAAGCGAAACAACUGGUAACAUCUUAAGUGGGACGCUAAACUGGAAAGGUUAGAAAUGAAGAUCGGCAAUAGGUUCAAACCAUAAACCUUCCCCCAAACAGAACAUACGAAUGCAGCUCC